AUGAACGCAAGAGGAAUUCCCAAAGCCCAUUUCAUUGUACGUGCCCGGAUGGGGGCGGAAGGGGGCUGCGCCCCGCCCGACUGCGCCUCGCCCGACUGCGCCUUCCCCACCACCACCCUCCUCGACCGUCGCCCCAGAUUCUUGUCGAGUGUUCCGAAGCUCAUCGCGCGCUCGCCUCGCUUGCAGGAAGACGUCGACGCCUUUAUCAUCGGAACAGAUCCUGAUCAGUCUUUGCAACAACUUCAACAAACACUUGCGUGAGUCUCGAGUCCUUCCAAAACAAUUUGAAUCCUCGCGACCGCACCCCUCCCGUCCCAGGUUGCUGACACAAGGCGGUCGAGGCGACGACACGAUCGCGUGCAGUAAAUAUCGCUUCAUGGAGAACAACAAGCGGCAAAGGAGACAAGGCUUGGAGGAGAAGGUCCCCGAGCUGCAACGCACACUCGCCAUGAUCGAGACCUUGCAGCGCAAGAAAGUGAGACGGCGCACACCCGCGCUGCGAGUGGCAGAGCGACGCGGUCAGCUGAUCUCGUGCAUUCCCGCUUGGUCCGUGGGCCGCAUAGGACGCGGAGCAAUCAUUCGACACAACGUUCGAACUCAGCGACACGCUGUACGCCACCGGCUGCGUUGAGCAUGUGGAUGAGGUGUACGUCUGGCUUGGAGUGAGUCAAGUCCAGUCUGUUCGGGCUAGAGGUGUUUGUGCCCACGGCAAGAGGAACUGACGUCGGUACCGACACUGCUACUUAGGCCAACACGAUGCUGUCUUAUCCACUCUCGGCGGCGCUGUCUCUCUUGUCGGAAAAGCUCAUCACCGCGCAAGCAUCGCUGCGAAACGUUAGGGAGGAUCUGGAUUGGUUGCGCGAACAAAUCACGAUCACAGAAGUCAAUGUGGCACGUGUUUACAAUUGGGACGUCAAACGGAGGAGGGAAAUUCGAUGA